GGAGCUCCAAGGAUGUCUGCUCGGACAUGGCAGAGUAGACGUAGAACACCGCAAUAUCUUCUCUGGACCCUGUGUUCAGCGCAAGACGCGCAUAGCAAUAUGCAUUGCCCAUUUUUCAUUGCUAUGUCGCGAUCGCGCCAGCUUGCUACCGACUUGGUGUAUAAGUUGUUCUGUAUCUCUCCGAAGUGAUCAUUUACCUCAAGACAGAUUCAUUACGUUUGAAUCGACGUCAUGUCUGAAAUCAAAGAAACUGCUGAGGUUCAUCGACUUGUCGUUCAGGAAUGUCCAAAGCGGAGAUGGGUCAGCUACUUCUGGGAUACGCUUGACAAGCCGAAGGAAGAACGGCGCUUUCUCUUCAAGCUAGACUCCGCUCUGCUCACGUUUGCUUGUCUUGGAUUCUUUAUCAAAUACAUGGACCAGAUUAACGUCAAUGUUGCUUUCGUCUCUGGCAUGAAGGAAGAUCUCAAACUCUACAAGAAUCAACUCAACUAUUUCCAAACCGCUUUCACCGUCGGCAACAUUAUUGCACAGAUUCCGAGCAACAUCAUUCUCACGCGUAUACCUGCUCACAUUUGGAUUCCCCUCAACGAGGUGAUAUGGUCCGUUUUAACGUUUUGCCUUAGCCAAGCAAAGACUAGCACACACAUCAUUGUCAUUCGCUUUUUCGUAGGUCUCGUUGAGGGCACGUUUUACCCGGGGUUACAAUAUAUUAUCGGCUCUUGGUACCGGAAGGAUGAGCUUGCGAAGCGUACCUGCAUCUUUCACAUUAGUAGCGUUUUAGGUGCCAUGUUUUCGGGCUAUCUGAUGGCCGGAGUGUUUCAUCUUGGUGAAAACAGCAGAUACAGAGGAUGGCAAUGGCUCUUCAUCAUCGAUGGCGUCAUUUCGCUUCCCAUCGCUUUGGCCGGCUUUUUCUUCUAUCCCGACGUACCAGAAGCUGGGAAACCAUGGUAUCUCUCUGAAUCGGAUAUCAAACUUGCUCAGAGGAGGAUGGAACUCGAAGGGCGAAAGCCCCGGUCGAAGUACACAGUUGCGAAGGUUAAGAAAAUCGUGACAUCUUGGCGCAUAUAUGUCCUCACCCUUACCUACACUUUCUGGGUAAACAGUGUUGUUGGAGCUGCAGCUCCAGCCUUCACCCUAUUCCUAAAAGCUUCAGGCUAUUCAGUUGACUUGAUAAACGUUUAUGGUACCUUGCCGUUUGCUGUGCAGGCAGGAGCAGAACUCAUCAUGGCAUGGUCAUCAGACACGAUUCUAAAAGGUCGUCGUUGGCCAGCUAUCAUCUUUGGGGCAAUUAUUACUAUUUUUGCCUCUGUGUCUUUAACGGUUUGGGAUAUUAGCCCAGGUUGGAAGUGGACGUGCUUUUUACUUGGAGGUGUGGGUGGAGCCACCGGUGGUCUUUUCUUUGCUUGGGCGAAUGAGAUAACCAGCAAGGACAACGAAGAACGUGCCAUCGUCAUUGCUUCGAUGACUCAAUUUGGCAACACAGUCUCCGCAUGGCUGCCAUUGAUCGUAUUCCAGCAGGUUGAUGCUCCCAGAUAUCGCAAGGGUUGGAUUACCCUUACUGCUAUCAACACAGCUCUUGUUAUAUCAACAUUAGUUACAUGGCAGAUGCAAAAAAGAGAGGAAUCACAGACAGCCAUCUUCGAGGACUCUGAUGACGGAACGGUGAAGAAGAACGUGGAGGCAGUGCGUGUCCGUGCUGGAGAGAAAUAAGAGAGUCAACUACCCACCAACAAGGUAUGCGCAGCUGGUAAGGUUACAUAGACGUCAUUGAAGAUAGUAGCAAUCACGAUGUGUAUUGCUCGAGCUCAAUAAGACAAGGUCUGUCCAUGUUCCAGCUAGAGGAAUAUCGGUGCUCUAUGCAAC